ACCAGGACCAAGACUCCGGUUGUCUAAAGUGAUUUUAAAUAAUUAGUGUUAAUAAUUAACAAUAAUUAUUAUUAUAUUUAUUAAAUAAAUAAAAAAAUAAAAAUGACGAAUUCAACGAUUUCUGAUCAAUCCUUGAUGGAUAAAUCAAUGCGCAGUGUUUUCGUGGGAAAUAUUCCAUACGAAGCAACUGAAGAAAAUUUAAAAGACAUUUUCAGUGAAGUUGGUCCUGUUCUUUCUUUCAAACUAGUAUAUGACAGAGAGACAGGAAAACCAAAAGGUUAUGGGUUUUGUGAGUACAAGGAUCAAGAAACCGCUUUGAGUGCGAUGCGAAAUUUAAACGGGUACGAAAUCGGCGGGAGGACACUGAGAGUCGACAACGCGUGUACUGAAAAAAGUCGCAUGGAAAUGCAGAGUCUUCUCCAAGGACAGAAUGCCGAGAAUCCUUACGGAGAAGCUGUGCAGGCUGACAAAGCUCCAGAGGCAAUCAGCAAAGCGGUUGCGUCUCUGCCUCCCGAGCAGAUGUUCGAGCUGAUGAAGCAGAUGAAGCUCUGCGUCCAGAAUAACCCCAACGAGGCGAGACAGAUGCUGCUGCAGAACCCCCAGCUGGCUUACGCGCUCCUUCAAGCCCAGGUGGUAAUGCGGAUAGUCGACCCUCACACCGCCGUCAGUAUGCUGCACAAAGCCAACCCGAUUCCCAGCGUGCUCCAGGCAGUGGACAAGCCGGCGAUCUCCACCACUGCUGCUGUUCCUGCUCUCCACACUUCAGUUCCUCCCCCGAGGAUCGAAGAGCCUUGGAGUGUCGUUCGUCCGCCCAUUAAUCCUCCAGCUAUAAAUCCACCAGCUCCAAUUUUCGCCAAUCAAGAUGUCGACUUGCGGACACUAGACCGUCAACUGGAUCCAAGAUUGGCCAGAAUGGAUCAAGACUUACGUGCACCAGCUCAACCCCAAUUGACCCAGCCAAUAGCUCCCGUAAAUGCGCCUCCAGUAAUUCCACCCCCGGUUAUCGACACCCGCAACUCUGGAUUCAUGCCCGAUAACUUCUGCAGAGACCCGAGGGCUGACAGAUUUGGACGUGAUCCCCGGGAUCCAAGGAUGACUAUCGACCCUAGAAUAGCCAAAGCCAAUGCAGCACCAGCAGCGAUUGUCCCACCAGUACAGAGACCAGUUGUAACAUCAACGGUACCGCCGCCAAUAGUACCGCCUCCUAGUGCUUUGAAUUCGACUCAGUUGCCGUCGUUAACUGGCAUCACUGCUACAAAUAAUUCCACAGCAACUUCUCGACUCAUGGCUGGCAUGUCUUCAUCUGGUAGCAUUCCCUCUGGUGCUUCUGAUCAGGAAAAAGCGGCAUUAAUUAUGCAAGUACUUCAAUUGUCUGAUGAACAAAUCGCCAUGUUACCACCGGAACAAAAACAAAGUAUUCUUGUUCUUAAAGAACAAAUUGCCAAAAGUACCCAGCGUUAAUUUUAAUUUUUUUAUUUUAAUUACAAAUUUUUAAUUUUUCGGAUAAAAUUUAAUUAUAAUUAAUAAAAAUAUUUA